GGCAAACCGUGCGAGGAUUGGCAGAGAUGGACAGUCAUGGCUGCUCAAACAGUCUGCGCGACGAAGAGAUCGACGCCGUGGCGAUGGCGGUGACUGCCGUCGUCGUGAACACGAUGGGCAACAUGGAGUCCUCGUCGCGUGACAUGCUGACGCGGCUCCGGCAACGAAGAGCGUUGUUGCAGAGCGUUGCAGAGGCGCCGGAUUGCGCGGCGACAUGUGAGGCAGUCGUCCAGUUGUGUAACGCGGUGACGUCUCGCGUUUUCCCGCGGCAGACUCCACGAUGGUGGAUCAAACGACGGACUAGCAGGACAUGGGAGGACCUCCGACUUCGGGACGAUGCGACGGACGAGUACUUCCGGCAGAAGCUGCGCAUGUCGACGGCCAUGUUCAACCACAUCGUAGCCGCGUACAUGGAGAAGAAGGUGACGCACUAUCGGAUGCCAUUGCCAGUGGAGCAGCUGAUUGCUUUCGCGUUAUACAGGUGGGCGUCCGGAGAGACGUACGAGAGCGGCACAUCAUCAUUUGGCAUCGGCAGGGCAACUGGACUGCAGGCUGUCCGCGACGUCACUUCGGCGCUGCUGCAGGCGUACCCCGACGCGAUAAAGUGGCCAAUGGGCAGGAGACGUGCGCAGAUUCUGCGCGCUUUCCGUGAGAAGGGUUUCCCAAACUGCUUCGGCGCUAUCGWCUGUACACACAUCUACAUUGACAAGCCCGCCGGCGCACCUUCCAAGAACUACUACGACCGCAAACAGAAGUUCUCCGUGCAGGCGCAGGUGGUUGUGGAUUUGGAUUUGCGGAUCCUCGACGUCCACGUGGGAUACCCUGGAAGUGUGCACGACGUCCGUGUCUUGCACAAUUCCCAGUUGUUUAGGUGUGCAGAAAGUGGCGAGCUGUUCGAUGCAACUCCAAAGAAUCUGCCGCAUGGUGUCGUCACGCGAGGCUACCUGCUGGGCGACAACGGUUAUCCAGUUGUGCACGAAUGUGGAAGGUGAAUUGUUGAGGGAUGCACUGCGAGACCGCCUAGCUUUGAUGUAG